AUGGGGAAGAACGACUUCUUGACGCCGAAGGCGAUCGCGAACCGGAUCAAGGCGAAGGGAUUGCAGAAGCUGCGAUGGUACUGCCAGAUGUGCCAGAAGCAGUGCCGGGACGAGAAUGGCUUCAAGUGUCACUGCAUGAGCGAGAGCCACCAGCGCCAGAUGCAGGUCUUCGGCCAGAAUCCCACCCGAAUCGUCGACGGCUACUCGGAGGAGUUCGAGACCUCUUUCAUCGACCACGUCCGCCGUGCCCACCGCUUCUCUCGCGUUGCCGCCACCGUUGUCUAUAACGAGUACAUCGCCGAUCGCCACCACGUCCACAUGAACUCCACCCGAUGGGCCACCCUCACUGAAUUCGUCAAGCACCUCGGCCGUAUCGGCAAGUGCAAGGUUGAGGAGACUCCCAAGGGCUGGUUCAUGACCUACAUAGACCGGGACUCCGAGACUAUCUUCAAGGAUCGGCUCAAGAACAAGCGUCUCACUGCUGAUCUUGUUGAGGAAGAGAAGCAGGAACGCCUCAUCGCGCGCCAGAUUGAGCGAGCCAUGUCCGCCCAGCAGCAGUCCUCUGGAACGGUCGCGUCUCCCGCGCCGUCCUCGGAUUCUCCAGCCUUUCAGUUGCAGGAUAACCCAGAAGGUUCUUCAACCUCUGCGGCUGCUUCCGGAAAGGUCGCAUUUUCCCUUGCUGGAACGUCAGCGAAGCCAGCCACCGGCAGUAGCGUGCCUGCAACUCCGGUUCUGGCAGAUGACUCUAAGCUGCAAUUCGGGGACAAGCUGGAUAAAUUGGAUGGGGAGAAGAUCAGCAAGCGAGCAAAGACGAGCGGUGGAAACAGCAACGGUGUAUCAUCCGCACUGGACCAGUUGAUGAAGGAGGAAGAGAAGGCAAAGGAAAGGAGCAACAGGAAGGACUACUGGCUCUGUGAGGGCAUCGUGGUGAAGGUGAUGAGCAGAGCCCUCGCAGAUAAGGGGUACUACAAGCAGAAGGGUGUGGUAGUCAAGGUGAUAGAUAAAUACGUGGGUGAGAUCGAGAUGCUGGAGAAGAAGCACAUCCUGAGGAUUGACCAGGAAGAACUGGAAACAGUGAUACCGCAGAUAGGAGGGCUGGUCAGGAUCGUCAACGGGGCCUACAGAGGAUCUAAUGCGAAGUUGCUGUCGGUGAAUACAGAUAAAUUUUGUGCAAAAGUCCAGAUUGAAAAGGGGAUAUACGAUGGCAGGGUCCUGUCUGCCGUUGACUAUGAAGACAUUUGCAAGAUUUCUCAGUGA